CGUAUCCUUACGUAUCCACCAAUCCACAGAACGGAUAGGCGGGAGCUAGACAGCCCGCGGUGGCGCGUUGGGCGGAGAGACCUGUAAUUAUCUUGUUAUGCAGCGAUCAAAACAACUGGGACUUCAGUGAGUUUUAAACAAGAUCACUGACCUCAUGAUUUGAUAUCGUAUUUUUCAGAGAUCCCAGUUGUUUUGAACUCGGCAUCAGUAUGUCUAUAAUUAUUGAGUAGACGCAGGUCUAGCAUCCGCGUAUCCACCUGAAAUCCAUAAAGCAGAAAUGCUAAACUGACCUUAGAUCAGGCAUUCUACUCCGAUUCACACAUCGAAACCGAAACAAGGUGAUGAACCUCUCAGAGGAGAACAGGACGGUCGUGGUCUCUGGUGUACCAGACACACUGUCCAGCAGCCGCAUGGCAGACAAACUGGUUAUUCACUUCCAGAGCUCCAGAAGCCACGGAGGAGAUGUAGAAAACAUCAAGUACCCGACCAGCUUCAAGGGGGUGGCUUUUGUUACAUUUGAAAACACCAGAGAUGCUGAGAUGGUAAUCAGAAAGAAGCAGAUAAUGUGUGACAAGGAGUUCCCUCAAGACUACCCUAUCACUGUCUUCAAAUUCACCCAAGACGUGUUGUUCUACGUGAACGCUAAAGUGGACCUGUCAAUCUUCGGUGACGAGGAACAGCAGGAGACCGUGAUCCAAAGCUUGCAGUCUGCUCACAGAUCAGUGAGGAUCUGCCUUCUACCCAGCCAGGAGGGUAAAGCUUCAGUGGAGGGACCCUUCUCUGCCAUCAGGGACCUGAGAGAGGACCUGCUCCAGCAGGCCACUGCCAGCAGCAGCGGUCACCCAGGGGAGAAGCACGGGGCUCCAUGGAGCUCUGGUUACUCCCUGACCUCAGUGGCAGCAGGGAAUGGGGUAUCCCAGGUCAGCAUCAGUCACCCAGGGGAGAAGCACAGGGCUCCAUCGAGCUCUGGUUACUCCCUGACCUCAGUGGCAGCAGGGAAUGGCGUAUCCCAGGUCAGCAGCAGUCAUGCCUGGGAAAAGCACAGAGCUCCAUCUCCAUUAAGCCAUGAUCAUUCCCUGAGCUCUGUGGUAGCAGAGAGUAGGUCUUCCAGGGUCAGAUCUGGUGAUGGUGCUGAGGUGGACUUCCGGGUCAGCCGUUACACCUGGGAGAAGAAGAACAGGGCAGCUCCAUCAAGCGCUGAUCAAUCUCUGUCAAGUUCUGUGGCAGGAGGGAGUGGGGCUUCUACAAUAAAUCAAUCCUUGGAAAAGCACUGCAGUGCAGCUCCAAGCGCUGAUCAAUCUCUGAGCUCCAUGGCAUCAGGGAGUGGGGAAUCCAAGGUCCUCAGCAGCAGUCACACAUUAGAGAAGUACAUCGCUCCAUCAAGCUCUGAUCAAUCUCUGAGCUCCAUGGCACCAGGGAGUGGGGAAUCCAAGGUCAUCAGCAGCAGUCACACAUUAGAGAAGUACAUCACUCCAUCAAGCUCUGAUCAAUCUCUGAGCUCCAUGGCAUCAGGGAGUGGGGAAUCCAAGGUCCUCAGCAGCAGUCACACAUUAGAGAAGUACAUCGCUCCAUCAAGCGCUGAUCAAUCUCUGAGCUCCAUGGCACCAGGGAGUGGGGAAUCCAAGGUCAUCAGCAGCAGUCACACAUUAGAGAAGUACAUCGCUCCAUCAAGCGCUGAUCAAUCUCUGAGCUCCAUGGCAUCAGGGAGUGGGGAAUCCAAGGUCAUCAGCAGCAGUCACACAUUAGAGAAGUACAUCGCUCCAUCAAGCGCUGAUCAAUCUCUGAGCUCCAUGGCAUCAGGGAGUGGGGAAUCCAAGGUCCUCGGCAGCAGUCACACAUUAGAGAAGUACAUCACUCCGUCAAGCUCUGAUCAAUCUCUGAGCUCCAUGGCAUCAGGGAGUGGGGAAUCCAAGGUCCUCAGCAGCAGUCACACAUUAGAGAAGUACAUCGCUCCAUCAAGCUCUGAUUCUCUGAGCUCCAUGGCACCAGGGAGUGGGGAAUCCAAGUUCCUCAGCAGCAGUCACACAUUAGAGAAGUACAUCGCUCCAUCAAGCGCUGAUCAAUCUCUGAGCUCCAUGGCACCAGGGAGUGGAGAAUCCAAGGUCCUCAGCAGCAGUCACACAUUAGAGAAGUACAUCGCUCCAUCAAGCUCUGAUCAAUCUCUGUCAAGCCCAGUGGCAGCAGGAACUUCCAAGGUCAGCUCAGGUGGUGAUGUUGACAUGGAAGAGGAGUCCACGUGGGUGGACACAAACCUAUUUCUUUACAUUCAGAGAUUUUCUAAAGACCAGUUUGACCAAUGCUUUAGGAACCACGGUGUGUCAGCUGUGUUCGGUGACAAUGACGUGGCCGACCUGACUCUGAUAUCGCUGAGAGGAGGACGCGACAGCAAGGGUCUCUCUGAAGUCCAACUGACCAUAUCAGAGCUGACUUAUUUGGUCGCUGUGUGGCAGUCAACCCUGAGAAUCCACACGAUAGACUACAGAAGGCAGGACCUGCGUGAGAGACAGAGGCUGCUGCAGAUCUGUGCCGAGGUGAACACCCUUUAUGAAGACGUUCUGUACGUGCAGAAGGAGCUCGGUGUCCGGGUCAUCGGUCCCUCUAUUUCCAGUCAUCUCUUUACUGAGUGGGUGAAGGAUCGAAUGGAUCAACCGCAUAAAGAGGACUUCUUGUAGUGGUGGUCAGAAUGUGGAUCAUUUUACCGUUCUGCAAUAGCAGCUAGUGCACGAAGAGCUUUUUUGCGCGGUAUAUAUUGAUAGCACUGUGAGAUGUUUUCAAGAGAUUUCUGUGACAACUAACUAGAAUUGAGUUUGUGUUAUUUGCUGUGUCUCAACAAGGAUGCUGUUUUGUGUCAAGCUAGCCAUGAGGGCAUAACGAGAUAAUAGACUAGAAACUACAUGUUAAUGAGUCAACACUAGAGGGUGCUGUUGUACCGAAUAUACACAAUUUGUUCCAUUAAAUAAAUUAUUUCUGUGUCCU